GACAACGAAACGGGUCUUGAGCUUACACACAUUUCUUUAACCUUCCAACAAACAACGUGAAACUAUAUACAUUAAGUCAGAAAAAAGUUCAAUUGCUAUACCAAAUAAAGCAUAAAUUAAUUCCUAAAGAAAUAAUAGUAUACUAAAAAUGUUUCAAAGUAUUUAAAACUCAGCGAGCUUAAACUCACGGAAGUUCCUAAGCCGUUACAGAAAAUCAAUUUAAAUUUGUGUGUUACUUUUUAAAGACCAAGCCAUAGUGCUGACAGCAUGGAAACAGAGUCGUUGAAUCGUAAAAAUUCCUCCCGGAAGAGCUCGAUAGUGAAUGGCAAUGGAGAUGCAUCCACAAAGUUGACCAAUGGAGAUGGCGGCGACGGUGGCGAUGGCGGAGGAGGAGAGGUCACCCUAAAGGCCAAGAUGAGCCUGCUCAAUGGCUGCACCGUCAUCGUGGGCUCCAUCAUAGGAUCCGGUAUCUUCGUCUCGCCCACCGGUGUGCUGAUGUACACGGGCAGUGUUAACCUGGCCCUCAUCGUUUGGGUCAUUUCCGGACUCUUCUCAAUGGUUGGCGCCUAUUGCUAUGCAGAGUUGGGAACAAUGAUCACCAAGUCAGGUGCUGACUAUGCUUACAUCAUGGAGACCUUCGGACCUUUUAUGGCCUUCAUCCGUCUCUGGAUUGAGUGCAUGAUUGUGCGUCCCUGCUCCCAGGCCAUUGUGGCUUUAACUUUUAGUACCUAUGUCCUGAAACCCUUCUUCCCGGAAUGCGCACCGCCAGAGGACUCGGCCCGUCUCCUGGCCGUCUGCUGUAUCCUCGUCUUAACCCUGAUCAACUGCUGGGACGUUAAAUGGGCCACCGCUGUGCAGGAUAUCUUCACAUAUGCCAAACUGUUGGCCCUGUUUAUCAUCAUUGCCACUGGCAUGUACCAACUAUAUCUGGGCAAUGUCCAGUACUUUACAUUCGAGAAUACGGACACCAAAGUCACAUCCCUGGCCCUGUCCUUCUACUCGGGACUCUUCGCCUACAAUGGCUGGAAUUACUUGAACUUUAUCAUUGAGGAGCUGAAGGAUCCCGUCAAGAAUCUGCCCCGUGCCAUUGCCAUCAGUUGCACCCUGGUCACCGUUGUCUAUGUCAUGGCGAAUGUCUCCUUCUACACCAUCCUGUCGCCGGAUGAGGUCCUGGGUUCCUCGGCUGUGGCAGUGACCUAUGCGGAAAGAGCCUUUGGGAUGUUGGCUUGGACCAUUCCAGUUUUUGUGGCCUUGUCUACCUUUGGUGCUGUGAAUGGCAUUUUGCUGACCUCAUCUCGUCUCUUCUAUGCCGGUGCCAAUGAGGGUCAGAUGCCAGAGAUCCUCACCAUGAUCCAGAUCCAACGAUUCACACCUACGCCCGCUGUCCUGGCCAUGGCUUUGCUUUCCAUGUUGUACCUGACAGUGUCUGAUAUCUUUGCCUUGAUUAACUAUGUGGGCUUUGCCACUUGGUUGAGCAUUGGUGUUGCUGUCCUGUGCCUGCCCUGGCUGCGAUGGGCUCAACCCAAUCUACCUCGUCCCAUCCGAGUGCCCAUGGUCUUCCCUAUUGUCUACCUGAUUGCCACCAUGUUUGUGACCGUGGUGCCCAUGUAUGCUAGUCCUGUGGAGACUGGCUAUGGCAUCCUGAUGAUUCUGUCCAGCAUUCCCGUCUAUUUGGUGUUUAUUGCCUGGAAGAACAAACCCAUCUGGUUCCAGAAGUGCAUGGUAAGCCUCACACAUCUCCUACAAAAACUGCUCAUGGUACUCGGCAAGCAGAAGAAACCAGCUCAGGUGUAAAAAAGUAACGAAUGUUCUUCGGCCGGCGAAUGUUUCGAGAUUUCAAGUUAGCCAAGACAGCAGAGGGAAAGCAUUUAUAAGCCACACACAUUUAACUCUGCAUCAUGCAUUAUAUAGACAAAGUAAAGCGCUUUUGUGUAACCAAUGAAAACACACACGAAUACGAAUCAAGAAAAUAUAUACUACAAUAUAUAUAUUUUUAUAUACACAUGUAUAUGUCCUAAGUUGAAACAAGGCCCAGGUGUCCAGUAGGUUUACACACACAGAUUGAAGCCCAAUUAGCUGGCAGCUCUGGACCCGGACUCAAUGCAAAGACUGUGAAACGAAUGGAAAUUACAAGGAAAUAUGUUGUCCAGAGCUGCUGGUUAGUUUAGUUUCUUUUUUAAAAGAGAGAGAGCUGAACGAGUCUUUUACGAUUUUGGAGUAUUCUCAAAACCCCCACAUGAAAAAGUGUAAUUUUAAUUUGUUUCUUAAAUUCCAAACUAGUUUUAAAGGUUUAUACAUUUUGAAAGCAUUUCAGACUAUUUGCAUUUUAGAAACCAGGCUCUAGGCGCAGCUUCAAACGCUUGAACAUACUCAAAGGCACGUUCUACAGAGCUACUAAGAAUAAUACUU